AUGAAGUUGGGAGAAUCUGCAGUACGUUCAAAGAUAAGAAGAUUCAAAAUAAAUAUAUUUCUGGGUGAAAUGAAAGCCAAGAACCUACUUGGUUCUUUAAAUUCAAUGUGUUUUUUUCACAAUAAUGUUCACCAUAAUACAAUAAAUAACACACAAAAAUACAAUUCAAAAAAUAUAAUAAAGUUCUUCGAAAAAAUUAUUUUGACUAUUCCUAAUAGUGAAAGCAAGGCUUGGAGUAAGAUGGAACUUUUCUCUUGA